AUGCGCUAUAUACCUCAUCGGCUGUGGCCAGAGAAGCUGGCUUCGCUUAUUCGAACAUGUCUAUCAUCGGACCCUUUGCUGGUCUACCAAGCAGGGCGCUAUCGAUCUAUUUCUCAGCUGUGCACGUACUUCAAAGACCAGCUGGAUUCCCACGGAAACCCCUUAUUUCCAGACUCUGAUGAUACAUCUGGCCAGCUUUCGUCACAGUACCAAAGUCAAGACCAAGAGAUCUUGUUGGAUUAUGGACUUCACAUAGUUAGUGCAGAUGAUAUGAUCGCUCGGGUGCGAUCGUUGAUGAAAAGCCGGGAUUGGCAGAAGUUUCUCGGCAACCAAGAUAAAGACUGGCGGUCUCGCAUCAGAGCUUGGGCGUCGGGUGCCUUUAGAGACGGACACAGCAUCGAUCUCAAGACCCUUGGAUUACUCUCUCUCGUUCCUGGUGGGUUGAACAGAGCGGUUGCUUCAUGGAAGAGGCAAGGAGGCAGCAUUUAUAUGCCUGACACUGACGGCCCUGUUGUUCCCGAUGACCUCCCACUUGCGGUCCUAGAUACAGACUUGUCUUGUGACCCCGAUAAUCGUGCGCUCUAUGAAUCGCUAGGUGCUGUGACCGCAGAAUGGGAAUUUGUUCAGAAGAUUAUCCUACUCAAACAUAAUGCGUGGAAGAUAGGAGAUUCCACCGACUCGGAUAUCAAUGCUUCCAACAACCACCUUCGUUUCCUGUUUUGGGGUUAUCAAAAGGGACAUAUCUCAUCACCAGAGGAUUUCCAUCUUGUGAUGUUUGACCAGCGUGGAAACCCCAAAGUGCCAAAACGGGACGCUCUUUAUUUUUCGGCAUUGUCUGGUUGGUCUGAGGAAGGCGGGCUAUCAAGUCUUAGUGGUAAAGCUGGAUACAAAGCUAUCGCGGCAACCACCUCGUUCAUCCACGAUAUAUACACCAAAAGCCCGCCCCCUUUGAUCAACAAUCCUGCCACCACAGCCACCUGGAAGAAUUUUCUCCUUCAAGUAGUGGGUGUCAGCUACAAACUACGAAUCUUCGAUCGCCAACACAAGGAACCUGUCCUAAGUGAAGAGUUUCUAUUCAUGGCCAAGCAUAAGCCAGAAUGGGCGCUCGAUCGUCUUUAUGAAGCCUACCACACAGACACGGCCAAAUGGACGAAAAAUACCAAAGCAACACAGUUGGUCAAGGAGAUCAAGAUCACCUGCCAAGAUGGGAUAAGCCUUCCGCUCAGUACAACAGUCCUUCCACUCCCUUCGGUCUUGGCCGCCUGCGCGUGCUCGAGCCUUUUCGGUAGCAAAACUUGCAAAUCGCUGCCUCUGCUCCGGGUUCGAAAACCGCUACUCAAAUCCGACGAACACCCAUCCUCACGGUGGAAACUCUUCGCCGCUCAUUUUGGAAUAGACCACCCGGGCAACCCCAGCCUGACAUGCCUCGUAGCUAUCCUGAAAGCCUUCAUCAUCCGGGAACACUCCUACUUGGUUGUUAAAGGGGCGCUCACGGACUGGGUUGUGAAAAUUUACCUCCUAAUCUGGAAGCAGCGAACCUCCAACCUGGAGUCCAUCCGAUCGUGGUUCGACAAAAACCCAGGCGUGCUUUACACCCCACAGCUGGAGGCCGAAGGGCGGCAAGUGCCGCCGGUUUGGGGCACCCGUCAGGGUUCGGAGGGAUACCCUGCCGCGGUGGUGACCCAGGCCUGGAACCCCGUUCUUUAUCGUCUUGGGCAGGAUGAUCGGGAGAGUUUGAAGGGUUUCUUUCGAGAUGGGUUGGGAUUGUGGGUUGAUAUCUGUCUGCGGGCAUCAGGCGGGUUGUUGCCUGUGAGAUGUAUUGCUAUACCUGUUCCUGUAAGGGUGUAUCCGAAAAAAGGAAUCAGGGUCAGCCUCCCUCCUCCUGGGGCGUAUGAGGAUGUUGCGAAGAGAUUAGGGGGCAGGUCUGUUUGUGUGGAAAAGGCAAAAGAUGACAAGGUGGAACCUGUGAAGGUGCUCUUGUCUGCGAGAGAAAAGCCGAUCCAGGACAAAAAGGCGGGACCUGUUAACGUGCUCUUGUCUGUGAGAGAAAAGCCUUUGGUUGUGGAACUCUGCAGUAAGGUUGAGGAGCUGGACGUAUUUGUGUUUAAGGGGGUCUGA